AUGUCUGUUAGUAAAAAUAAUAUGACAGACGAUGAAGAUUUUAUGGAACUGGGAUUACUUCUAGUUUUUCCUAGAAAGAGAAAGAUGUUUCUGGAGCUGCCCAACCAUUUCACGAAGUGGAGAGAUGAACAGUUUUUUAAUUGUUUUCGCCUUUCCAAAAAUACUGUUUACUUCAUACUUGAUCACAUUAAAGAACGUAUAGCAUCACCAACAAAUAGGAACAAUGCUGUAACCCCCGAACAGAAACUUCUGAUUACAUUACGUUACUAUGCUACAGGAUCGUUCCUAACGGUAUGUGGUGAUUUUGUAGGAGUUCACAAAUCAACAGCUAGUCAAAUCAUUCGGCUCGUUUCUCACGAAUUGGCAUUAUUAAGACCUACAUUUAUAAAUUUUCCAUCAACUUCUGCAGAAAUCGAUUCAAUACGACAGAAGUUUUAUAAAGUUUCUAAGUUUCCAAAAUGUGUUGGUGCUAUUGAUUGUACUCAUGUUAGAAUUAUAUCUCCAGGUGGACUGGAUUCAGAAAUCUAUAGAAAUAGGAAAUAG